UAACUAAAUAUAAUAGGAAAAAUAAAAUUAGGCCUAGAUGUACAUGAAUUACGUUGUGUUGUUUCUCAGGACCUUGCUGAUUUGGGAUUUUGUGGAAAGUGGAGACAUUUGUGUAGAUGGAGAUUUUUAUCCAGAUGCAACCGAUUGUGCCAGAUAUUAUCAGUGUUCUAACGGUAGAUUAGUAUCUAUGAAAUGUCCCGACAGAUUGUAUUUUAGCGUCGCUUUAAAGCAAUGUACCCACCCCGAAGAUUCCGGUUGCAUAACAGAUAGUUCAGACGAAUCUGGAAAUUUUUGUUUAAAUGGAGAGUAUUAUCCUGACAACACAGACUGUACGAAGUACUAUCAAUGCUCGAACGGAAUGUUAAUCUCUAUGGUCUGUGCUCCCGGACUGCAUUUUAGUCCCUCAUUCAAAGUCUGUACUUACACUGAAGAGGCAAACUGCACGAUAACUACGCUAUCUAUUGAUAUGCCAUCCUCGACGUUCGAGAUAAGGACUCAGACAUCUACCAAAUCAGGAUCUGGGAUUACGAAACUUACUACCCAAACUGUCGACGAAAUUGAAAUAUCCUCGGAGUCUCGUACGACGGAGAUAUCGAAUAUCACCGAAGACAUUAUACGAUCGCCGAUAUUUGAAAUAAGUUUAAUACUGUUCGCUUGUACAAUUUUACUGGUUAUUUUAAGUUUGUUUCUUUACAAUAAAAUUUGUGCUGGCAACUUUUUUUCCAUUAAGCGAUACAAGUCUUAUAAAAUAACUCUUUAA